GUCACAACAUCUUGCCUGCUCUGCUCCCACGGCCCAGGGCUCACGGACUCCUCCCCUCCGGCUCUCCCCUUCUUCUCCACCCCGCACCACGCAGCGCACUGCCGCUCUCGAAAUUUCGCCACUCCCUCUCGCCGCCUGCUCGACCCCUGGAGAUGGAGGCGAUGGGGAAGCAGCAGCGGGAGGAGGCGCUCCUCCGUGCCGCCUCCGACGGCAACCUCCGACUCCUCAAGAAGAUGGCGCGGUGGAUGGGCUCGGGAGGCCCAGGCGAGGCCGCCGUCCUGGGCACGGUGGAGGACGGCGUAGGGGACCGCGCGCUGCACCUGGCGGCCGGGUCGGGUCGGGUCGAGGUCUGCAGGUACCUCGUCGAGGACCUCCGCCUCGAUGUCAAUCAACUCAACUUCAUAGGUGACACACCACUGUACCAUUCUGUCUUGUAUGGGAGAGCUGCUGCUGCAAGAUAUCUUCUUGAUCAUGGUGCUGAUCCACUAGCUGGCAAAGUACACUCACCUCUCUAUGCCGCUGCAAAGGAAGGAUAUUGUGAAAUAGUAGAACUGCUGCUUUCAAGAGGAAUAGAUGUGGAUUUAGAUUCUGCACAAGGGACGCCAUUGCAUGCAGCUGCUAUCGCUAAAGACCAUGACAUAAUUAAGAUUUUGUUGGAGCACCAUGCCGAUCCUAACAAGGUUUUCGGUCUUGGUUAUACCCCAUUGAGUUGGGCCAUCAGGGCCUUCGAGCCCAUGUCUAGAGAGCCGCUGGAAUGUGUCAAGCUACUUGUUAAGGCUGGUGCAGAUCUGAAUUUUAUUGACUUCGAUGGUGGUAGUUACGUGAUGUUGGCAGUGAAGUUUGGCUUCCCUGGCAUCAUGAAGUUCUUGCUAGAUGCUGGUGCUAACCCCAAUAUUCCUGAUGAAUGUGGUAACACACCAAUUGAAGUUGCUGCCUCUAAAGGCAGUAGGGACAUGGUUGAAAUGUUAUUCCCUUUAACUUCUCCUAGUUCAACGCUGUCGGACUGGAGUAUUGAUGGAAUCAUUUCUCAUGUGAAACACUUUGGUUUAAAGCCGAGGGAUAAGCAAAAAUGUGCGAAGAUAAGAGCUGAACUAAAACAGAAAGCUUCAGAGGCUUUUAAGGAAGGGAAAUAUUAUGUGGCAUCAGAGAUGUAUACUGGUGCAAUGGCAUUUGACCCUAGUCCAGAUGAUUGUGCAACCAUAUUGGCAAAUAGGAGUCUCAGUACGUUGCGCGGUGGGAACGGCAGAGCUGCUCUCUCUGAUGCUACCAUGUGCAGGAUGGCGCGACCUCUUUGGCCAAAAGCUUGCUACCGAGAAGGCGCAGCUCUUAUGUUAUUGAAGAGGUACGAGAGAGCAUGUGAGGCUUUUGCGGAUGGCUUGAAGCUUGACCCUACAAAUGGUGAUCUUGCAAAUGCUUUAAGGGAAGCCCAAGAAGCAGCAAAGAAUGCUCGUAGCCGUGAAAAGUGACUGACGUGUCAAGUCUUACAUGCAGAAUCCGAAGCUCUAUUUUGUUGCCGAGCACCUUUUGUCUAGCCUUAAAACUUCUGACGAGAAUAUCCUGUGGUUUUCAAGACUUCCGUCGCACGCAUCGUUUGUAAAUAUAACCAGGUGAACUCGCUAGCUGUAGUAAUCUCGAUUCCAGUUCAAGUGUUAACAAACUUUAUCAUCGCAGAAAAUUAAGCUUGUUGUAUCUUGGGUGUAAUCAUGGAAUUCAGUACUGAAGUUUGGGGCUAAUGCAGACAUUGAAGUUUCACGGGUA